AUGGUGAAGAAAAUCCACAAAAUAGAAUUGAAUAACGGUCGACUGAAAGUGCGCGAGCUUGCAGACAUGGUAGGCAUUUCAAAAAGUGCUAUACAUCGCUUAUUGACUGAAAAGAGAUGUCACGAUCAAGACAAUGCACCAAUUCACACGAUGACCAAAACCAAUAAGUUAAUGUUAGAAUUGCUUCCUCACUCACUCUAUUCACCAGAUUUAGCCCCCUCGGAUUAUCUUCUUUUUCCAAACUUAAAAAAAUGGCUCGAUGGUAAAAGAUUGGCCAACAAUGGAGAGGUGGAGUCUGCGGUUACUGGUUAUUUUGUAAAGCUUUACGAUUCUCAAAAACAUGGUAUCGAAGCUACAGAACAUGACCGGGAAAAGUGUAUCGAUCUAAAAGAAGACUAUGAUGAGAUAUAA